AUCAGAACAGACAGUCACGUUAAGUUGGGAACCAGCAAGGAACAAAGUCUGAUUGAAGCCUCCGCACUGAGGAUGAACCGCAACACAUCAAUCUGUCACCAGGGAAAGCUGCGACCUUCACCCUGUUAAACCCAGCAUGCAGUAGGGCGCUCUGUCCCCACUCACUAGGCUACUGUUAGCUGCUCCGCUCCAGAAACCAUUAACUUCACUAAUUACGCUGGAUAAGUCCCAUUCAGUGAAACAAAUCGUGUAAAUGUUGCAUCUUCCAUCGUGACCUAGGCAUCACAGCAUGCCAGAGGACUACCUGAAAGAAUCAGAGUACAACCCCUGGCGUCUCCAUGGCGACUAAUGGCCUAAAGGGUUCCCCUUCCACCCCGGAGAACCUUCCACCCAAGAAGAGGAACCCGAGAGAGAGCCAGUGCUCCGCCUCGGCCGAGCCUGUCUUCAAGACUCCUUCUCCCUUCUGGAAGCAGAACGGACUCAAGGCGCCCAGGAGGCCGCGGGAACCGGUGCCCAUCUCCCUCCUGGGUCUUCAUUCGGCAGACAGUUAUCACCCACUGUGGCCUGAAGUGACCUCUGACCCGAACCCGGUACUCACGCGUACACUGGGGAAUGUUGCUUUCCCCACAUGGGGUCAGAACUUGGUAAGCUGUGAACAUCGGGCGAUGUGGUCAGAUCCGGACAAGAGCGAUCCAGUGACGCGCAGCUUCUGCUGGGGUGCGUCCCACUGGAACUGCUUAGGCACAGAAACCAGAGAUGCAUCUGUUACGAGUCUCCAGAGUCUUCACGGUCAGUACGGGCCACCGGUCGUCAAACCUGUCCCUCAGUCUUUGGCAUCUCAUUACACCAGAGGGGUUCUCAACAGAGAUGCCACCAGAGAAGGAGAGACGAGGCUGCACUUUGAAGAGGAGAGUGGGAGCACUGCUCAGUGGCAGGAGAAAUUGUACAUCCAGCAAGCACUGCACGACUGGAGAGCAAGAAAGGACUACAGCGUGAAUCGGGGUCCUCUGCCACACGCUGAGCCUGGCACAGAAUUUCUCAGGCACAAAUAUUAUUCUGAGUUUAGGGACUCACCACAAGAAAAAGUGGUCAAAACAGAGGACCUACAACACCAGGAGCUUUCUGGGGCUUACCCUUCUUUUCCCAGCACCGAGCGGUCAGAAACGAGGAGUGAUGCGCACACGAGAGAUGAGCUCCCCCUAAUGGCCGUGAGCGAAAAUGCAGAAUCACGGAGGCAGCUAGAACCCGCAGCCAGCUCCACUCUACUGUCGUGCUUCGCGGAGGGCUCUUUGAUCGAGUUGGCAGGGGGCAAGCUGAAGCGGGUGGAGGACCUAAAGAUGGAGGAUUUUGAGUACUGUACUGAAUUGUGCCCUGAAUUGAGUUUGAGGAGAUUUACUGUGCAGAAGAUCAUAGGCUCACACACACCUGGGCUGAUCUGUUUAGAGGUGGAGCUGGAGGACGGUUUCUCUUCUAAGAUGUCUCUGGAGGUGUGUGAAGAAUACCCGCUGUUCGCGUGCGCUCGCGGCUGGGCGUCCUGCCAGCCCGAGCGCACCGCGCGCCUCUGCAGCCUGCGCUGUCACCAGCUGCGUCCGGGAGACCUCUGCCUGGCACUGACGCCCACACCCACACCCGCUGCUCCACCCGCUGCUCCACCCGCACAGGCCGAGACGGGGGACGAGCAGGAGAACGGCACGAAAAGGCCCGUAGAGCGCGCAACACUGAGAACAGCACGGAAGAGACACAGCUCAGCGCCCGCACUCAGAAACGUCUUCUAA